AUGGAUCAAGUUCCACCAAAUCGUUCAUGGAUGUACGAUAGGUGUUAUAGAGGAAGAGGUGCGUUGAAAGAGUCAUUUGUAUUGGGUGUUGAAGAGUUUAUAAUUAAAGCUUGUGAACAAGACCGUUAUCAAAGAGAUGGGGGGCUUCGAUGUCCAUGUUUAAAGUGCGAUUGUACAAAGAUUUUGAACGAAAGAGUUGUGAAGGUUCACCUGUAUAAAAACGGUUUCAAGCCUAAUUAUUUCAUUUGGGAGGAUCAUGGGGAAACCAUGCAAGAAGCUGAUUUAGAUAAUGAUGUCACUUUUAGGGGUGUGGAGACAGAAGGUGAACCAAAUGAACAAGUUAUGACGAUGGAAAACAUGGUCCAUGAUGCUCUUAUACAAAGACAACCCUUCCAAGCAUCAAAUUCUUCUAACAUAGAAGAGGCUCCAAAUGAAGAAACUCAAAGGUUUUAUAACCUUUUGUUGGAGGCAAAUACGCCUUUGUAUGAAGGAGCAUCAGACUCCAAAUUAUCAAUGUGUGUGAGGCUUUUAGCUUGCAAGUCGAAUUGGAAUAUUCCUAACCAAUGCAUAGAUUUUUUUGCAAAAAUGCUUUUGGAUGUAACACCACACAAAUGUGGUUUACCGAAAACUUACUACGAUGCAAAAAAGAUAGUGUCGAAGCUGGGAUUACAGUCGCAGAGGAUUGAUUGUUGUGUGGAUGGUUGCAUGCUAUUCUAUGAUAAUGAAUAUGGUAAGAAUGAUGGAGCGUUAGUUGAAUGCAAAUUUUGUGGGAAGGCAAGGUAUCAACAACACAAGACAGGAGCAAGUUCUAAAAAAAAAGUUCCCGUUAAAUCCAUGUUCUAUUUGCCAAUAAUUCCAAGACUUCAAAGAAUGUAUGCCUCAAAAGAAACUGCAACAGAAAUGACAUGGCACCAUCACAACAGGUCGUCAAAUGGUUUUUUGCGUCAUCCAUGUGAUGGAGAGGCGUGGAAGCACUUUGAUAGAGUACAUCAUGAUUUUUCCAUUGAGCCACGCAAUGUUCGACUUGGUCUAUGCUCUGAUGGUUUUAAUCCAUAUGUGCAGGCGUCAUAUAUACCAUAUUCGUGUUGGCCAGUAAUUGUCAUGUCGUACAACCUUCCUCCAGAAAUGUGCAUGUCUAAACCCUACAUGUUUUUGACAUGUCUCAUUCCGGGGCCAUUCAAUCCAAAAGUACGCAUUAAUGUAUACCUAGAGCCGUUGAUAGAUGACUUGAAAAAGUUGUGGAGUGGUGUCAUAACAUACGAUAUUUCAAGGCGACAAAACUUUAUCAUGAGGGCGAUGCUAAUGUGGACAAUUAAUGAUUUUCCUGCUUAUGGUAUGCUGUCUGGAUGGAGCACCCAUGGUAAAUUAGCUUGUCCACAUUGCAUGGAGCAUUCAAAGGCUUUUAGAUUAUAUAAUGGGCGAAAAAAUUCGUGGUUUGACUCCCAUCGGAGGUUUUUACCAAAUGAACAUGCCUUUAGGAGAAAUAGGAAUGCUUUCAAAAAGGGGGAAGUGGACAUGGAAGACGCGCCACCAUAUUUGACACGAACAGAAGUUUGGAAUAGAGUUAAUGGUUAUCCUAAAGUAACUGAAAAUGGUGCACCAAGAAUAGAUGGAUACGGUGAGUGGCAUAAUUGGACGAAAAAAAACAUCUUUUGGGAUCUACCAUAUUGGAAGGAAGGAUAA